AUGGCGGACCCUGGGAUGUUGAGCUUAUUCGGGGACGACCCAGGGCUGUUCUCAGAUGGAUUAGAUGGUUUAGGAGACUGCUUUCCUCAGCAGUCAGUCCCAGGCCAGUCUGCUCCUCUUGCCCAGCAGACAAAUUCCACUCUGAACCAUGAACACCAGGGAAGCAGGGGAUACCACCAGGGGAUGAUGCAUGGCAGUGGGCCUACCCCAGCACAGCCUAAAUUGGGGCAAAUGUACGACCAUGGCCCGUAUACAGGCUAUGAUCAAGCCGGCACCCCUGGAGGACGAAUGAUGGCUCAGAAUGGCCCCAGCCAGGGUCCCCCAAAUGUGAACACGGCUAUGAAUGGCAUGACCUCCCACUACCACAGUAACCCAGCUAACGCUAGCAACCCCCACCAUGGGUACCAGGGUGAUACUGGAGGAGGAGGAGGUGGGGGAGUUUGGGGCCAGCAGCAGCAGACCAGACCAGCUUAUCCACAGGCUCCAGCACAACCAGGGGCUACUCCCAACCAGAUGGGAGGCUACCAAAUAUCUCAAGGCAAUUAUGGUGGGAUUCAAGGUCCACCCACAUCUAAUGCAGCCCGCAUGAAUCAACACUACCCUCCACAGAGCAUGGCACCCCCUCCUGCUCAGGACCCAUCUCACUACUUGGGACAUGUUGGAAUCGGGGGUAACCAGAUGAGACACCCUCAGCCUCAGGCACAAUCCCAAGGCUAUCCCAAUAUGGGACACACAUCCCGAUAUCCACACUCCCCAUCCAGACAGCCGCCACACCCCCACCACCAACAGGGCAUGGGAGGGUUCGGGGGUACUCAGUACUCUGGCUAUCAGCCCCAGUAUGGUGCCAUAGGACCUGGGAUGGGCCAGGGUCCUAAUACUAAUGUCAGCGCUAAUGCCAGCCAGCCCAUGGGAUCAGGGCAGCUUGCCCAGAGGUUUAACCAGGGAACAGGCCCGGCAGCAGGGCAGCAGGGACAACGAUACCCCCCUGGACCACCACACCAAGCCCAUCAGACUCAUUCUGCCCCGAUGCAGCAGCAGCAGCAGGCAGGGCAGCAGAGCCAGCCUAUGCACCCCCUAAACCACCCGCAGAAUAUGCCCCAACCCCAAAACCAAGCCCAGUCCCAUCUUGCCCCCCCAGCUCAGGGAACUUACUCCUCUCCUUCAUCCAUGUCCCCAAUGCGGGUUUUGGGAGCCCCGACCCCUCCUCCCGCCCAACAGGGCAGACCUCCUAGCACAGGGCUAGCUGGGCCCCCAGAGGUUGCAGGAUACACAGCAAUGCAUUCUCCACCCAGUGCUAUGGCCCAUCCACAGAGGACUCCACAAGCCCCACACUCCCAACACCAGCAACCCCAUAGCAUGGCCCCCAGUGCAGGGCAGAUGUAUCCCGGUAUGGGGCCACAGCGUGGCGCACAAAUGGGACCAAACAGGCCUCAGCUCCAGCAGCAGCAGGGGCACGAAGCCCCCGCAAGCCAGGGCGGAGACCAGCGUUUACUCCAGACCCAGCAGCAGGCCUCUCGAAGGCCUUGGGCCACCCACUCAGAGCCCUCAGACGCAGCACACACACCUGCCCUCACACCCUCAUCACUUGCAGAGCACGCCCCUCCCCCCAACCAGGCCUCCCACCCGUGGGCACCUCCACCUUCUGCCUCCCACCCACUCUCCUCACCCCCUCUUACCCCACAGAAAGUGCCUCACAUACAGCAUUCCCCCACGGACCCGUCAGGUGAUGUUUUGAUGGCGGUUCCUGACAGGCCAACAGUCGGUGCCAGUGCCGCCAGUCAGCCUAUCAGCACAGAGAAGCCCAACGACCAGGAGACCAAGCCAAAAAAGAAGAAGAAGAAGAAGGCAAAAGUAGUGGAUGGAGAGGAAGAAGGUACAGGGAAGAAAGCAGGAGGAGGAGGAGAGGAAGACAUAAAGUCUGAAUUUCCAGGAACAGGAAGUGAUGGUGGUGAACACAUUACUGGCACAGAACUUGGAGAGGGAAGUUCAACACCGGUGGAAGAGAAGAAAAAGCGGAAAAAGAAACCAAAGGAGAAGACUGAGGGCAAGGAGCCCAAGACCCCGAAGACGCCCAAAACACCCAAGACCUCCAAAGAGCCCAAGGAGAAGAAGGCCAAGAGCUCCACACCCAAGCCCAAGACUCCCAAGAAAACCAGUAAAAAAGUGGAGUCAGAGGGUGGGGCCAGUGCUGCUAAGAAGGAUUCAAAGAGAAAGAGAGAGUUCUCGGUCAACGAUGAUGCUGAGGUGAAGUCUCCACCCCCGUCUCCACCUGAGGAAGAGGAUGAUGAUGGCGUACAGAAGCGUCGGUCUAGCCGUCAGGUGAAGAGGAAGAGGUACACAGAGGAUCUGGAGUUCAGGAUCUCUGAAGAUGAUGACAGCGGAGACGACUCGCCAUCACCAAAGUCUCCAUCGUCCUCAUCGCAGCAACAGGAUGUGGCUGAAGCUGAAGGACCAGUUGUAGAGAAGAUCAUGGGCAUGCGCACCUCCAAAAAACAACUGGAGUCGGGGGAGGAAGUGGAGGUGGAAGAGUUCUACGUCAAAUUCAAAGGCUUUUCAUAUCUCCACUGUCGCUGGGCUGACCUGGAGGAACUAGAAAAGGACAAGAGGAUACACCAGAAGGUCAAGAGGUUUAAGGCCAAGCAACAACUCAACAACUUUAUAACUGAGAUGGAUGAUGAGCCUUUUAACCCUGACUAUGUGGAGGUGGACCGUGUCCUGGACGUUUCAGAGAGCACAGAUGAAAAUGGAGAGACGGUGACCUUAUAUCUGGUGAAGUGGUGCAGUCUGCCUUACGAAGACUCCACCUGGGAGCUGAAGGCCGACAUCGACCAGUCCAAGAUAGACGAAUAUGAGCGCAUCGGAGCACGCACGCCCAACACUAAGAGAGUGGAUCGGCCUCCUGCAGCUGACUGGAAAAAGCUGGAGGGCUCCAGGGAAUACAGGAACGGCAACGCACUCAGGGAAUACCAGCUAGAAGGCCUCAACUGGCUAACUUUCAACUGGUACAACUCACGUAACUGUAUCUUGGCUGAUGAGAUGGGCCUGGGGAAGACCAUCCAGUCAAUUACAUUCCUCUAUGAGAUUUACAUGAAGGGCAUUGAGGGGCCGUUUCUGGUCAUCGCACCGCUCUCCACCAUCCCCAACUGGGAGAGAGAGUUCAGAACCUGGACCGAGCUCAACGUGGUGGUCUACCAUGGCAGUCAGGCCAGCCGGAAGACCAUCCAGGCCUAUGAGAUGUACUACAGAGAUGCACAGGGUAAAAUAAUAAAGGGAGUGUAUCGGUUUCAUGCGGUGAUAACAACCUUCGAGAUGAUUCUGGCUGACUGUCCAGAGCUGCGCAGCAUCCCGUGGCGCUGUGUGGUGAUAGAUGAAGCCCACCGUCUCAAAAACCGAAACUGCAAACUACUGGAGGGACUCAAAAUGAUGGACAUGGAGCACAAAGUUCUGUUGACAGGAACUCCUCUCCAGAAUACUGUGGAGGAGCUCUUCAGCUUACUGAACUUCCUGGAGCCGGAGAGAUUCCCAUCUGAACAAACGUUCAUGACUGAAUUUGGAGACCUGAAGACUGAAGAACAGGUUCAAAAACUGCAGGGCAUUCUGAAGCCCAUGAUGCUCAGAAGACUGAAGGAGGAUGUGGAAAAGAACCUGGCCCCGAAGGAGGAGACCAUAAUUGAGGUGGAGCUUACCAACAUCCAGAAGAAAUACUAUCGGGCCAUUCUGGAGAAGAACUUCUCUUUCCUGUCCAAAGGAGGGGCUGGAGGGGCUGGAGGUGGAGGAGCCAGUGUCCCCAACCUCCUCAACACCAUGAUGGAAUUGAGGAAAUGCUGCAACCACCCUUACCUCAUUAACGGAGCGGAAGAAAAAAUCAUUGAGGAGUUCAGGGACUCCCAUAGUGGUGGCGCAGAUAUGCCAGACAUGGCCCUCCAAGCCAUGAUUCAGGCAGCCGGAAAGCUGGUGCUCAUUGACAAGCUGCUUCCCAAACUCAAAGCUGGCGGACACAGAGUCCUGGUGUUCAGUCAAAUGGUCCGCUGUCUGGACAUCCUGGAGGACUACCUCAUCCAGAAACGAUAUCCAUAUGAACGUAUAGAUGGUAGAGUUCGCGGUAACCUGCGGCAGGCAGCCAUCGACCGCUUCUCUAGGCCAGACUCUGAUCGUUUUGUCUUCCUGCUGUGCACGAGAGCUGGAGGACUCGGCAUCAACUUGACUGCAGCAGAUACCUGCAUUAUCUUUGACUCUGACUGGAAUCCCCAGAAUGACCUCCAGGCCCAGGCAAGGUGUCAUCGUAUUGGCCAGUCCAAGUCUGUCAAGAUCUACCGCCUAAUCACCAGGAACAGCUAUGAGAGGGAGAUGUUUGACAAGGCCAGCCUGAAGCUGGGACUUGACAAGGCUGUUCUCCAGAGCAUGAGCGGACGAGAGAAUGCCAACAGCGGGGUCCAACAGCUGUCAAAGAAAGAAAUCGAGGACCUGCUGAGAAAGGGAGCGUAUGGAGCUCUUAUGGACGAGGAAGACGAAGGCUCAAAAUUCUGCGAGGAAGACAUUGACCAGAUCCUCCAGAGACGAACGCACACCAUCACCAUUGAGUCCGAGGGCAAGGGCUCCACUUUUGCUAAGGCUAGUUUUGUUGCGACAGGCAACCGAACAGACAUUUCCCUGGAGGAUCCAGACUUCUGGCAGAAAUGGGCAAAGAAGGCUGAGCUAGACUUGGAUGCCAUCAAUGGACGGAACACACUGGUUAUUGACACACCCAGAGUGAGGAAGCAGACACGACACUUCAGCAGUGUUAAAGAGGAAGAGAUGCUGGAGUUCUCAGAGUUGGAGAGCGAUGAAGAUGAGCCUAGCAAACCCUCAUCCAAACCACGGCGGCCCCAAGACAAAACGCAGGGCUACCCUCGAUCAGAGUGCUUCAGAGUGGAGAAGAACCUGCUGGUCUAUGGUUGGGGUAGAUGGAGUGACAUUCUGGCUCACGGCCGCUUCAAGCGCCCGCUGAAGGAGAGCGAUGUGGAAACGAUCUGCAGAGCCCUCCUGGCCUACUGUCUGCUACAUUACCGUGGAGAUGAAAACAUCAAAAGUUUCAUCUGGGACCUGAUCACUCCGAGCGAAGAUGGGACCACAAAGACGCUUACCAACCACUCUGGCCUCUCGACCCCUGUGCCCAGGGGCAGGAAGGGCAAAAAGGGGAAGCCCCAGGCCCCACUUCCACAGACACCGCGUGCUGAUUGGCUGGCUAGCUGUAAUCCUGACCACUUACUGCAAGAGGAUAGCUACAAAAGACACCUGAAACAUCAUUGUAACAAGGUCCUGCUGAGAGUGAGAAUGCUGUAUUAUCUGCGACAGGAAGUUAUAGGUGACCAGGCUGAGCGCAUCCUGGACGGUGCAGACUCCAGUGUGCUGGACAUCUGGAUCCCCCAGCCGUUUCAUGCUGAGGUGCCGGCUGACUGGUGGGACAGUGAAGCUGACAAAUCCCUGCUCAUCGGCGUCUUCAAACACGGCUAUGAGAAGUACAACUCAAUGCGUGCUGACCCCGCCCUGUGUUUCUUGGAGCGAGUGGGCAUGCCAGACGCCAAAGCCAUUGCUGCUGAGCAGAGGGGCUCUGACAUGAUGGCAGAUGGUGCUGAGGGUGAGGAUGAGGAUCCCGAGUACAAGCCGCUGCGGAUGCCCUUUAAAGACGACAUGGAUGACUUCACCAACUCUCCACUUGAUGACAAAGAUGAGGGUGUAGAGGGAGAGAAUGAAGCAAAAUCAGAUGAAAACAGUCAGAGGGCUCCUGCUUCCAAUGAGCGGCUCUACUGGCCAGCAGCCUCAGCUCUGACAGCUCGUCUGCGCCGGCUCAUCACCGCUUAUCAGCGCUCCAACCGGAGAGAGCAGCUUCGCCAGGAGGCACUCAACCGACCUGAUGGCCGGCGACGAAGACGCAGGGAGUUCCUGCCUUCCGUUGGUAUGGUUACUGAAACGGGAGGAGCAGCAACUUACAUCCAAGAUGGCGCAGGGAUGUUCAUGGCAGAAGGAAGCCCAUAUUUGGCUAAAGGAAGUGCUUAUUUUGCCAAAGGUGGACAGUUUAUGCCAGAGGCAUCUCCAGUGUUGAACGCCAGCUCCCUGGUGUCUGAGGGAGCCAUGUACUACAAGGAAAGAAGACAGAGAUGGACACGUCGUGAAGAGGCCGACUUCUAUCGCGUGGUGUCAACCUUUGGAGUCGUUUUUGAUACCAAACGUCAGAAAUUUGAUUGGACGCAGUUCAGAGCCUUUGCUCGACUGGACAAGAAAACAGACGAGAGUUUGGAGAAGUAUUACUAUUCAUUCAUCGCCAUGUGUAAACGGGUCUGCAGAAUGCAAGUCAAGACUGAAACAGAACUUCCAGACCCUACUCUGAUCAUUGACCCCAUAACAGAGGAGCGUGCCUCUCGGACCCUCUACCGCAUCGAGCUUCUCCGCCGCAUUCGAGAGCAGGUCCUCCCUCAUCCUCUGCUUUCUGAACGCCUCAAGCUCUGUCAGCCUUCCCCAGACCUUCCAGAGUGGUGGGAGUGUGGCCGGCACGACCAGGACCUCCUCCUGGGUGCCUCGAAGCAUGGUGUGAGCCGCACAGAUUAUCACAUCUUGAACGACCCUACCUUGGCCUUCCUGGAGGCCCACCAACGCUUUACCAGCCAGCGAGGAGCCAGCGUUAGCAUAGGAGCCUCAUUAGAGAUCACCAAAGCUGGGAUGGGAGGGACAGAAAGUACCUCUGCUCCACUCCUAACCCCUGCGGAACUGGCAAGUGCCACAGCUGCUGCCAAAAUUGCUGUCAAUGCAACAAAAGAGGAGGAGGUGGAAGAGAAGGCUGUAAAGAUGGAGGACGAGAAAGCAGAAAUGGUGGUGGAAAUGGAGGAAGGAGAUGCAAACAACAUUCCGUGUGCUAAAACUGAAACUCCCAAUGAACAGAAGGAACACGAGGAAGAGAUCAGAGAAGAUAAAGAUGAGACCGCUGCAUCACAAAGUAAGGAGAUCAAGAAAGAAGAGGAGGUCCAGCCAAAGGCAGAAAACGAAGAGCAAGAAGUGCACAAAGAAGAGCAAAGUGGUGAAGACCUGACGAAGCUGACCAAUGACCAGGACAAAGACCUGACAGAAGAGAAAAAUGGCACACUUGGUGACCAGAAGGACACACCCGCUGAACUCCAACACUCCUCUCCUAAAGCACAACCAGCUCGAAAGACUGCAGAGGAGAAAGAUGGAGAAGACAAGGAGAACCCAGAGUCUCCUAAAUCUCCAAAGUCCGCUGACACAGAGAAAAGCCCUGAGGAGGAAGAGGAGGAGAGGCUAGAUGAAGAUGACAAAUCAGAGAAGUCUUCUCAGGCUGAAGUGAGUGCUGCGUCAGAGCAGAAGAACUUUGACGAGGAGAGCAUCGCAUCUCUGAGCACCUCGGCCCGGGAUGAAACCAGAGACGGCUUCUGCCCCGACGACCUGCCAGAAACCUCUGCAUUGCAGGCUUUACAGGACCGAGCCUUUGGCUUCUCAUUCUGGCCUAAGGAUCGAGUGAUGAUCAACAGGAUGGAUAACAUCUGCGAGGCCGUCCUGAAGGGCAAGUGGCCUGUCAACAGACGCCACGUAUUCGACUUCCCUGGCAACCUCCUGCCAGGACACAGCUCCUCAGCAACAACACCGGCUGCAGCCAUGGCGACCGAGAGCCCACUCCAGAGGCGGAGCCUGGCUGAGCUGACAAUGGCCGGCAUCCAUACGCCAUUCAGUGGGAGUGAAGAUAAAACACUAUCACCUCAGGUUCAUGAGGAGACUCUGAGCCUGACGGUGCCUCGACAGAGAAGGAGGAGGAGGAAAAAGAUUGAGAUUGAGGCAGAGAGGGCAGCCAAGAGACGUAACCUGAUGGAAAUGGUGGCACAGCUGAGAGAGAGCCACGCUGCUGCCGAGUCUCAGAGCCAGGCUAUAGACCUCACCAAGGGUAUACCCCAUCACCACAAGGCCUCUCCCUCACUGACCAGCUUCUCCAGUGCCCUGGUGACAAACUCCUCCCUCAAGGCGCAGAUGGAUUUGCUUCAGCAAGGCCCGGCGACUGGACACCGAGCCAACGGUUCGCUGGAGGCUGACCUGCCUGUCAUUAGGAGGCGGCGUGGCCGCAGGAAAAAUGUGGAGGGUUUGGAGCUGCUGUUCAUGGGGAACAGACGAACAGAAGGGGAUCAUGCCGACGGGGCAAAGGUCUCAGGUGUGGAGGGGCUUCAGGAUGCUUCACGUGUCCACAAACCCCGCAAUGUCUCUGAGCAGAGCCCCAGUGCCAGAUCUCUUGCCUCAGGCAAUCUGGAGGAAGAAGAGACGGCGGUUUCCAACAAAGAGCUCGGCGAAUGGCUGAGGCAGCACCCAACAUACACCAUGGAUAUGCCUGGUUUCACACCAAAGAAUGAGGACUUGCUGCUGUCUCAGUUCUCUAAGCCUAAGCAGAAGCGCCAUCGUUGUCGAAACCCCAACAAGAUAGACAUCAACACACUGACGGGGGAUGAGAGAGUGCCUGUGGUCAACAGAAGAAAUGGACGCAAGAUGGGUGGAGCCAUGGCUCCUCCAAUGAAAGAGCUUCCCAGGUGGUUGCUGGAGAACCCAGAGUUUUCGAUUGCUCCUGAUUGGACAGAUAUCGUCAAACAGUCGGGUUUCCUCCCUGAAGCGAUGUUUGACCGCCUUCUGACUGGCCCUGUAGUCAGAGAGGAGGGCGUCCGCCGUCGGGGGCGUCGCCCCAAAUCUGAGAUCGCCAAGGCAGCUGCUGCUGCACAGGCGGCUGCUGCAGCUCAGGCUGCACAGGCUUCACUGGCCACGGCUGCUUCAUCAGCAGGAGGCAUCAACCCUUUGCUGUUGAACAGUCUGUUUGGAGGGAUGGACCUGUCUUCUCUCCAGAGCCUUCAGUCUCUCCAGUUAGCUGCAGGUCUGAUGGCCUUCCCUCCUCCCACAGAUCCCAAACAGGCCGCUGCCAAUGCCGCCGCCGCCUCCAUGCUGCCUCUCAUGCUGCCCGGCAUGGGAGGCCUUCCCAACAUGGCCACCGCCCUACCCAACAUGUUCAGCCUCAGUGGGCUCUUUGGUGGUAACCUGGCAACAGCCACAGCCGCCGCCCCAGCUGCACCCAACUCCACAGUCACCACCACAGCAGGCAAAACGAACGGAACAGCCGAAGGAGAGGGAGGAGACGGUGGCGAAACAGCAACCACAAAGAGGAAGAGGGAGGGAGAGGAGAAAGACGAAGCAGAAAACUGCAAUGAGGCGGGAGAGGACGAGGAGGCAGCUGAGGGAAACGAGGAAGGAGUGAAGAAGGCAAAGAGGAAGAAGAUGGAGAAAGAGGGGGAGGAUGGGGCAGAGAAAACUGAGGCAUCCCUCAGCGAAGACGCCGUGGCGCCUCAGAUCCCACCUGCCGAUUCGUCAGCAGAGGCAACCAUCAACGGUGACGCUGCCACCCUGCUGGCUGCGGCUGGCAUGUCUGCUAACACCCUGGCGUUCAACCCCUUUCUUCUCUCCACCAUGGCCCCUGGUCUCCUCUACCCGUCUAUGUUCCUACCUCCAGGCCUUGGAGGGCUCAGCCUACCGGGCUUCCCCACCGCCUCCAACCUUGCUGAACUACAGAGUGCAAUGGCUGGAGCGCUGGGGGGCAGUGCUGGGACUCCAAAUGCCCUAAGAGACCAAGAGAAGGAGGACAAGAAGGCAGAUCUGAAAGCAGCAGGAGAGGAGGAGGAAGAGGGAGAGGAUGAAGAGGGAGGAGGAGAGAGUGACUUAGCUGAGGAGAAGGAGGGGGAGAUGAGAAGUGAGGCUGAUUAUUCAGCUUUAGAGGAUGGAGGGAUGGGCGAGGAGGAGGAGGAGGAAGCGGCGGCGGCAGAGGAAGCAGCAGCAUCUUCACAGAAGGACAAGAGUGACUGAACUAAAAUACAAAACUGACUGGCCUUGGACAUUUCUUCACCUCCUCCACCCACCACGUUUACACGCCUCCACCAGAAAUAUCCAAACUAUUAUAAAUUCUUUUUUUUCCUUUGCAUUGUUGUUGAUGAUUUUCUUUCACUUUGUUGUUGUUUUUUGGCCAGUUAUAUUUCCUAUGCGUCAGAGAGAACGAGGUUUGUGCGUGUUAAGUUAAAUCUUUCUGAUCAAUAGUGUAGUCAGGGAAAAUCCUCACAGCCGCUCGCCGAGUGCUCGGCUGCUCUUCAAAGACUGUUUCUUUCUGUCUGGUUGGCCUGUGUGCACACACUGUGAACGGUGCACCCACGCUUCCCUCCCGCAAUCCCUCAAACAAGACUUCACAAGGGUUCCGGUAGUACUACUACUAUUAUUAUUAUUAUUGUUAUUAUUAUCAUUAUUAUUAUUAGUAUUAUUAUUAUUAUUAUUAUUGCUGCUUUCAGCUCUCAAAUGUUUUUUUCUUUGCCUUCUCCUUUUUUCCUUUUUUUUUCGUCUGGACUGUUUUGUUGUUGUCGGCAGCAUCUCAUCAAAACGAGAAGCAUCCGCUGCCAACACUUUUUCCAGCGUUGAAGGGGUGUACUGCGAAGUUGGAGGAGCCUAAAGCCAGAAACUACACUGUUUUAGGAAGUCUGACACAAUAUAUUCACUCAGUGAGAUUCUUUGAAUUAUUUUGCAUUGGUGUCAAAACCUUAAUGCAGACUUUAUCAUCAUGUUUAAAUUGAUUGGUUUGAGGUUUAUCAUCUCUAAUGUGUAGCCAUCACCUGAGCGGUAGAAUAACUACUUAACUUAAAUGACUGUACAUUAAGAUGGAUCACAUUUUUGAUCACUCACACAGCCUUAAGCAGAAAGGGUCAUGGAAGAGUUGAACCGUCUAAUUCAGGGUUUGAGGUUGCUUUGCAGUGCACCCCCGUGAGCUUGAAAGAAAAGGAAAACAGCAUUACAGCUAACCCGACUGUCUGUCUGACAAAGCUGCUGCAAAAGGAAUUGUGGGUAAUGGAGUCGAGCUGUUCUUACUCAGAACAGAUUUUAAGUUCUCACAUAUCAGACCAGGUAGAUGAGGAGGAGGAAACAAAACCAGACUGGCCUAAAGGAAGAAGAAGGAAAAAAGAAAAAAUCUCAGUCUCACACACUGACUUCCACAACACACACAUCCAACACGUACUUGAUCAUUAGCUGCACACGCUCUUUCAGGUGUCCACCACUACACACUCACUCACACACACACACACUAACCUCUUUCUCUGUCAUGUGACUGUUUCUGGGAGGACUGUUUCUCUUUGAGUGUGUGUGCUUGUGUGCACGCUGAACCAAUACUGUUAAAACCCAGUCCCACACUGAAUAUCAGUCUCCGGUCUUUCCAUUGCCACAUCUUAAAACCUUCUUCCCGCUUCAAGGCGCCUGGUUUUGGCUCGGGGGGUGGCGAGCGGGCUGGGUCUGACACCAAUCAGGUUUUUUCUGAUUGGUCCACUUCGUGCUGCUGAAACCAGGCGUCCUCAUUUGGGAGGCUUCUGUAAAUGGAUUUUGGAGAGGUGGUCUACAACGGGAUGCGAUGCUUCAGGUUUAUUCUUUAAAGGGGGGCAGCACGUUAUAAAUGCUUUGUUUUUGUUCUCUUCACCUCCUCCCGGUAGUUCCAGACCAAGUGCUGCUCCCUGGCGACCUUCACUUUAAAGACUGUUGCUUUAGUCACACACUGACACCAGGCCUGGCCAACGCAGGACUGAGACACAUUUUCAGCAGAGUUGGAAAAUUGCAUUUUCUGUAUGAAGUUCAACUCUUCUCACUGAGUAUGUUUGAAAUACUUGAAAAAGCGCGAGCGGUGCUUGAUUUUCCGUUCCCCCCCGAGGCCAGUUCAAGUGUCUGAUAUGAAUCAAGUGCUGCGAGUGGUUCAAAUAUUUGAGAGUACAUUCAAAGACACACACACUGGCCAGGUCUUGUUUUUUUUUGUUUUUUGUUUUUUUUUUAAUAUUUGCUCUCACAGCCAACCCAGCAGAUGCAGAGAGAGGGAAGUGGGUUAGAGGUGAGGGGAACACCUUCCCCAUCAAAGAUCCCCGUUCUCCUCUCCAACGCUGAGACAGCAAUAACCAAGGCAGCUUUUGAAUGUUCCAGCAUCACUCUCCCAACACACACACACACACACACACACACACACACACACACACACACACACACACUAUAAAUAACCACAAGUGUCGUAAGAAUAGAAAAACAAAACUAAAACUGUAAAUGAUGACAAAUAAGUACUGCAAUCAAUUUUGUCUCACGCUGUUCCUGUUGAUGCACUGGUGUUAAAGAGUUAAAAUAAUCAGGUACCUUUAUUACUUAGCUACUUUUCUUGAAAAAAAGGACUUUUUGUUACUUUUAGCCAGCAAGCUGAAGAGCAUUACCUCAAUUCUUAUCUAGCCUUGAAGUUUACAGACAUACCAUGUAAAUGUUUUUUCCUCUUUUUUUGGUGUGUGUCUUUUUGUUUUUUGUUUUUAUUUCUUUUGUUUUGUUUUUUGAGACAUCAUGUAUGAUGAAUUGUAGCUAUGAUGCUUUUAAUAAAAGUGAAUCAUGAUAUUCGCCUAGGAAACCAA